AUGCCCGUGGAUACGAACGCAGAAGAAAAAGAGCCCGGCAGCUCUAGCCAGCCGUGUGCUCAGUGCGCUACGCCUAUUAUAGAUGGUCAUGCAAGUGUUGAAUGCUUCGGUCGAUGUAAAUUAUCGAUCCAUGUACGUUGUCUACCCGGGGCGACGGAAGAAGAAAUAGUGCUAUUGCAGAAGAUCCACAAUGCCGUGUUCGUGUGCGAUGCGUGUCUAGCGUUGAAUGAGUUCGAGGAUAGGCACAGUGAAAAACGACUAGAUGAAAUUGCCAAAAAAUUAGAUGAUCUCGCGGGUGUUAUGGAAAUGGCAAAAAAUUUUAAACAAACAGUGAAAAAGAUAGUAUGUGAAGAAAUAGUGCGAAUUAAUAAACGGUCUACUGACGCUGGUGGAGAUAAGGAUGAGCUGCCUCGACGUAUACUUACGCGAUCAUCUGCCAAGCGGAGGAAAGUGGAUGAGUGUGAAAACCACAACGACGAAACGCCAAAAACAAGCUUUGCGGAUGCGGUGAAAGGUCGAACCGACAACAAAACUCUAGAACAAAUCAAGAGAAAGGAUUCCAUUCAAAAGCCCGACCCAGUAGUCAUCAUAAGACCAAAAGAAGGCAUACAGGUUGACGAUGCGCGUGCUGAGCUGCGAAGGAAAGUGGAUGCUCGAAGUGUGAAUGUAAAACGAGCGACUAACGGCAAGAAUGGUGAGGUUGUAAUUGCGCUGAAAGAUGAUGAAAGUGUUGAGCUGUUGAAGAAACACGUAGAGCAAAACAUGGACGGCAAAUACGAUGUCAGUGUCAGGGAGAAUUUACGACCUACUAUCAAACUAGUCGGCAUGAGUGAUGUACUGGAUGAAAAUGAGCUGAGAGACACAUUAGUGAGCCAAAACGACGUCUUUGAAAACCUGACGCACUUCAAGCUUCGAAAAGCAUACCGCAAUGAGAAAUUUCAGUUCAACAACUGCAGCGCUAUCAUUGAACUCGAUGCUAAAACGUUCACAGCGGUCAUGCAGAAAGAAAAACUUAAUUGCGGAAAAGGUGAUAAGCAAAAUGUUGCGAACUAUCGUGGCAUAACUUCACUCUGCGCUGGCUCAAAGUUAUUUGAAAUAUUAGUAGGAAAUGUGCUGUUUCGCGAGACCAGAGCAUAUAUAUCGAAGGACCAACAUGGCUUUUUUCCUGGUAGAUCGACAACUACUAAUCUAGCCCAAUUCACUUCGCUCUGUAUUAAAAAUAUUGAACUUGGAUCUCAGGUCGAUACUGUAUACACGGAUCUCAAGGCUGCAUUCGAUCGUGUAGAUCACUCUCUUCUACUGGCAAAGAUGAAGCGGCUGGGCGCUUCGGAUUAUUUUAUAGGGUGGCUUAAAUCAUAUCUCGUAAAUCGUUCUCUGUGUGUAAAAUUAGGAAAUAACGAGUCAUACAGUUUUAUCAACUUGUCGGGAGUGCCUCAAGGGAGCAAUCUAGGACCGUUGCUUUUCUCGUUGUUUUUCAAUGACGUUUGUUUUGUUAUACCUCCUGGGUGUAGACUUAUAUAUGCCGAUGAUCUCAAACUAUUUCUUAUUGUGCGGUCAAUAGAAGAUUGCAAGGAACUACAGAAACACUUAGAUGCUUUUUCUUGUUGGUGUAAUCGCAACUUGCUGGCUCUCAGCGUGUCCAAAUGCUCCAUAAUAUCUUUUACACGUAGAAAAAAUCCAAUACUGUGGAACUACACCAUUUCCGGGGAAUCGCUAGAGAGAAUGACAGUUGUCAGAGACCUCGGUGUACUUCUGGACUCACAACUGACAUUCAGAAAUCAUUACUCUCAUGUUACAGCACAGGCAAAUAGAAAUCUCGGUUUCAUUAUAAGAAUCGCCAAAGAGUUCACUGAUCCAUAUUGUUUGCGGGCACUCUAUUUUUCACUUGUGCGAUCUGUCUUGGAAGCUUCAGCACCCAUUUGGUGUCCUUACACAAGCAUUUGGAUCAACCGAAUAGAAGCAGUGCAAGCAAGAUUCCUCCGUUUUGCUCUUAGAACUCUGCCGUGGCGUAACCCAACAGAGCUACCACCGUACAUCGAUCGCUGUCGUCUGCUCGAUAUGGAAACCCUAGCCAAAAGGCGGAACACAUUUAGAGCAGUAUUUGUUGGGAAGAUAUUAACUGGCCAAAUAGAUGCUCCAGAUAUUCUCUCACAAAUAAAUGUCAAUGUGCCCCCGAGAAGUCUCAGAUCGCAUAACUUUUUAAGACUCGAGUUUCAACGCACCGAGUACGGUCAAAAGGAACCCAAUAUAGAGAUUGACCUUAACUAUGGGCCUACUUCCUUCGGAGAUACUAGUUAA